GCCGCCGCCGCAGCCGCUGUCCGGGCAGGGGAGGGGUGCGUUGGAAGCAGGAAGCGAGGCGCGCCGAGGUCGUCGCGGGAGCAGCUGGUGAUCCCCGGAGGAUGAACCACAAGAGCAAGAAGCGGAUCCGCGAGGCCAAGCGUAGUGCGCGGCCGGAGCUCAAGGACUCGCUGGACUGGACCCGUCACAACUACUACGAAAGCUUCUCGCUGAACCCGGCGGCCGUGGCGGAUAACGUGGAAAGGGCAGAUGCAUUACAGCUGUCGGUGGAAGAAUUCGUGGAACGAUAUGAAAGACCGUACAAGCCCGUGGUUCUGCUGAAUGCCCAAGAAGGUUGGUCUGCGCAGGAGAAGUGGACCCUGGAGCGCCUAAAAAGGAAGUACCGUAACCAGAAGUUCAAGUGCGGUGAGGAUAAUGACGGCUACUCGGUGAAGAUGAAGAUGAAGUACUACAUCGAGUACAUGGAGAGCACUCGGGAUGACAGCCCCCUUUACAUCUUUGACAGCAGCUAUGGUGAACACCCCAAAAGAAGGAAACUUCUGGAAGAUUACAAGGUGCCCAAGUUCUUCACCGAUGACCUCUUCCAGUAUGCUGGGGAGAAACGCAGGCCCCCUUACAGAUGGUUUGUGAUGGGGCCACCGCGCUCUGGAACUGGAAUUCACAUCGACCCUCUGGGAACCAGUGCCUGGAACGCCUUAGUUCAGGGCCACAAGCGCUGGUGCCUGUUUCCUACCAGUACACCCAGGGAACUCAUCAAGGUGACCCGUGAAGAAGGAGGGAACCAGCAAGAUGAAGCUAUUACUUGGUUUAGUAUCAUUCAUCCCCGGACACAGCUUCCCACCUGGCCACCUGAAUUCAAACCCCUGGAAAUCUUACAAAAACCAGGAGAGACUGUCUUUGUACCAGGAGGCUGGUGGCACGUUGUCCUUAACCUUGACACCACCAUUGCCAUCACGCAGAAUUUUGCCAGCAGCACCAACUUCCCUGUUGUAUGGCACAAGACGAUACAGCACGGGCAGCGGCAGUGCAAGCCACCCCCAGCCACCCCGUGCCACUGUGUCCCAACCCUGACCUGGAGGGACCAGCUCUCGGGGAUCUUGAAGCAGGAGCACCCCGAGCUGGCGGUGCUGGCUGACUCCGUCGACCUGCAGGAGUCCACGGGGAUCGCCUCCGACAGCUCCAGCGACUCCUCGAGCUCCUCCAGCUCCAGCUCGUCCGACUCGGACUCCGAGUGCGAGUCGGGGUCUGAAGGCGAUGGGACGAUGCACCGCAGGAAAAAGCGGAGAACGUGCGGCAUGAUGGGCAACGGGGACACCACCUCCCAAGACGACUGUGCGAGCAAAGAGCGCAGCUCCUCCAGGAUUAGGGACACUUGCGGAGGCCGGGCUCACCCCUGAGCCAAUACAGAGACUCUCCCUGAGGUGGCUCCUGUGUGCGCUGUGGGCGGCCGCCCGACUCAGUUUUCACAUCUCCUGCUCCCACCUUCUCCUUUGUCUCCUUUGAAUUCGGAUCAUCCUUCUCUGGUCCAAGCUUCUGUCUUCGGUCAAAUGCUGUUCUUACCACUUGCUAAGAGUAGAGGGUCGAGAAGUUUCAGAGCUCAGUGAGACCCGAGACACUGGCGGCCGGCGCGC